CUCGCUUCUGAGAGAGGAGCAUGGCGGUCCCAAGACCAGAACGGCCGCUCCAAUCAACUCCAAUCGUCAGAACAGGAUUACAAUCCCACCACCACUUCUUUUCCCCCGCCGCCACCCGGUGCGAGCGAACAAUAACUUCCCUUUUCAAUCUGACAGCUCCCCCUUCUUUUUUCUUUUCUGGUUUUGUUUGCUUGUUUCCGUUCGCGCGCAGACAGGGUUAUCCCAUCAAUUUCUCCCGUCGCGAAACCUUUCAACAAACCACACGAGUAAUUACAGCGAGCCAAUUCUCCGCCGCCGCCAUGUCCUCGCCAGCCAAGAACGAGAGCAACAGCCCCGCUCCGGCCGAAGAGAAGCCGGCCGAGACGAAGCCGGCCGAGACGAAGCAGGCCGAAGAGAAGCCGGCCGAAGAGAAGCCGGCAGAGACGAAGAAGGCCGAAUCAACGCCUGCCGCCGCCGCAUCACCGGCCGCCGCAUCACCGGCCGAGGCAUCCUCGAGCGCCCAAGCGCAGACGUCGGCCGAGUCCGGCGCUCAGGGCGGCAUUCUCCCCGGCCAGCACUGGACACAGCAGCCGAUCAAUGACGCCGACUCGAGCUACGACAGCGAUAUUGCCAGCUCGACCAACUCGCUCACCUCGAGCAUUCUAGCCUACCGUACCAUCAGCGGGAGGACCUUCCACAGCGAUAGGACGCCGGCCGAAUACUGGGGCCCGAACGAUGAGAAGCAGACCGAGUGCAUGGAUAUCCAGCACCAUGCGUUCACCCUCCUCCUGGACGGCGCCCUCUACAGGGCGCCGCUGGAAGUAGACAAGAUCCAGAAGGUUCUGGAUGUCGGGACAGGAACGGGAAUUUGGGCGAUCGACUUCGCCGACGAGCACCCCAACGUCGAGGUGAUCGGCACCGACAUCUCGCCGAUCCAGCCCGGCUGGGUGCCGCCCAACGUCUUCUUCGAGAUGGAGGAUGCGACGCAGGCGUGGACCUUCGCCGAGAACUCGUUCGACUUUGUCCACAUGCGCUACCUCUACGGCUCCAUCGUCGACUGGAACCAGCUCUUCCGCGAGGCCUACCGCGUCCUCAAGCCGGGCGGCUACAUCGAGACCUUCGAGGCCGACUCCGCCAUCUACUCCGACGACGGCACCAUCAAGGAGGGCUCCCCCAUGGACCAGUGGGGUAAGGUCUUUGAAGAGGGUGGCAGGAAGUUUGGCAGGACCUUCAUGCCCGUGAGCGAGAAUGUCCAGCGCACCGGCCUCGAGGCAGCCGGGUUUGUCAACCUGGUGCAAGAGGACUUCAAGGUCCCCCUCACCGCCUGGCCUGCCGACAAGAAGCUAGCAGAGAUCGGCGCUUACUGCCACCUCUCAAUAGAGCAGGAUGUGGAAGGCCUGAUUCUGUACACGUUCCAGCAUAUCAUGGGCUGGUCCUCAGUCGAGGUCCAUGCCUACGUCGCCCACCUUCGCAGGCAGAUGCGCGACAAGACCGUGCACCCCAUCGGGAAACUGCGGCUGAUCUACGCCCAGAAGCCCCUCUGAUGGCCUUGAGUUGCUGUCGCUGCCGUCGUGCGGAGCGCGGGACGACGUCGUGUCAUCGGGCCAACACGACCAAGAGAAGGAGGGGGAGGGAUACAUGCUACCCUGGAUCAUCACGAGGGAAAGCUCCGAUCAGGAUUUCGUUAAAAAUGUUUCCUAUCCAGCUACCUUGCCUGCGGCUCCCACGUCACCCCACCCCCCCCCCUUGCCUUGGAACCUUGGAGGUACUUGGGGCUGGAAGAUCAGGCAACAUGCUGCAUCGGCAAAGUUGGGAGGCAUAUAUAGGAAGGCGAAAGCCGGAACAAGUCGAUAUGUGUUUGGGUAGACGCCUUCACCGAUGCGCAUGCGUCCUAUUUCAUGCCUUGGGGUUCAUUCAUAGUUCAUGGUUCUUUUUUUUCCUUUUUUUUUUUCCCCUCUCGAGCUUCUGGUGAGUGGGACAUUAGCCAUGUCGUGUGGACGAUACCCAUGCAACGAUACCCAUGCACCCUUG